UUUAAGUGAGGAAAAUGGUCCAGAACUUCUGUUCAGACGUUGACCAAGUGAAAUAAUUAAGAAAAGAAAUCUCACCAGGAGAGAUUGGAGAAAUAACCACGGCUUCCUGUCUUACUGUGUGUCUUUGAGAACGAAGCCUGCCUUCACAAAAGAGGCACCAGCGUGCACCGGAAUGGAGAUGUGCUGAUCGGGGGCUUAUGCCCAACAAUUACCAGAAUUUUCUAGCCUUCAUUUUUGCCAUUGAAGAGAUCAACAGGAAUCCUCAUCUUUUACCCAACAUAUCUCUGGGACAUGAGUUCCAUAAUUUCCUUUACAGUCACUGGAUGAUAAUGAAGAGCCCUCUCAUUUUGCUCAGUGGACAGGAUGAAAUUCCUAAUUACAGCUGUGGGAGAGAGAGAAAAUCUGUAGCAGUGCUAACAGGAACAGCAUGGGCCACUGCUGCUCGAAUUGGACCACUGCUGGAGCUCUACAAAUUUCCCCAGGUUUCCUGUGGUUCUUUCGAUCCUACACUGACAGAGAGGGACGGGUUUCCUUCUCUCUAUCAGGUGGCCCCAAAAGAAACGUCACUGGCCCUUGGCAUGGUCUCCUUGAUGGUUCAUUUCAGCUGGACCUGGAUAGGACUGAUCAUUACAGAAGGUCAGAAAGGUCUCAAAUUUCUCUCAGAUAUGAGAAGAGAGAUGGACAGGAAUGGAGUCUGUGCAGCAUUUGUGAAAAUGAUCUCAACUCCUCUUGUGUCGUAUGUCAACAGCCAUCCACACCGUGAUAUCCUGACGAAGACUAUAUCACCGGUAAACGUGGGUAUCAUUUACUAUGACACCGAUGGUCUAAGUGAUAUAAACUAUCACAUAGGGCAAUACAGAGUGACUUGUAGAGUCUGGGUCACAAACUCACAAUGGCAUGCUGACAUGUCUGGGAAAAAUUUUAUGCUUGACCCAUUCCAUGGGACUCUCAUUUUUUCAAACUAUCAUGAGGAAAUUUCUGAUUUCAAGCGUUUUGUCCAGGAAGCAAACCCUUUCAAAUAUCCAGAAGACACUUACCUCACUAUGUAUUGGUUCCAGAAUUUCCACUGCUCUUUCUCUGAUUCUGAUUGUUCAUUGAAGAACUGCACACCCAAUGCCUCUCUGGCAUGGCUGCCUCUAAGUCGUUUCAACACGGCCAUGAGUGACAGGAGCUACAAUGUAUAUAAUGCUGUGUAUGCUGUGGCCCACGCCCUCCAUGAGCUGCUUCUCCAACAAGUGGAAAUAUACCCAGUGGGAAAUGCGGAAAGGCUGCUUUACCCCUGGCAGCUGCACCCAUUUCUGAAGAACAUUCAGUUUGACAAUCCCAUUGGAGAGAAAGUGAAUUUAAAUGAAGAAUCAAAACUGGAUUCAGAGUAUGAUAUUCUCAACUUUUGGAAUUUUCCAGAAGGCCUUAGGCUGAAGGUCAAAUUAGGAACAUUUUCUCCACGUGUUCCUCUUAGCCAACAAUUAUCUAUAACUGAUGAUAUAAUAGAGUGGGGCUCUGAUUUUACAGAGACUCCCCAGUCUGUGUGCAGUGAGAGCUGCAAUCCUGGAUUCAGAAAAGCCCCUCAGGAGGGAAAGGGUGCUUGUUGUUUUGACUGCACCCCUUGCACGGAAAAUGAGGUUGCCAAUGACACUGAUAUGGAGCAGUGUGUGAAGUGUCCAGACCAUCAGUACGCCAACACUGACAGAAUCCACUGCCUCCAAAAAUCUGUGACUUUUCUGGCUUUUGAAGACCCCUUGGGAAAGAUGUUGGCCAGCAUAGCCCUGAUUCUCACUGUUUUCGCAGUUAUUGUUCUUGGCAUUUUUGUGAAGCACCGAGACACUCCGAUUGUCAAAGCCAAUAACCGGGGACUCAGCUACCUUAUGCUCAUCUCCCUCACCUGCUGCUUCCUCUGCUCCUUGCUCUUCAUUGGCCGGCCCACCACAGCCACCUGCAUCCUGCAGCAGACCUCAUUUGCAGUCGUGUUCACUGUGGCUGUUUCCUCUGUCUUGGCCAAAACCAUUACUGUGGUGCUGGCCUUUAA